GACUCGGUCGCCGAUAUUCAGACCAUGGCCUCCUCCAGCGAAAUACCAAACCUCAAGACACUCCUCACAGCCCGGAGCGGAGGACCAUCACGUGGGCGAGGACGCGGACGAGGUGGGCUGGGCAGCUCUCGCGAAGAACAGGAGCAGAUCAGAGACAAUGCCGUCAAGGGAACCGACCAAGAUGCUGCGGGGAGCAGGGUGAGCUGCGUCGAGCUUGGCUACCUGCACGAUCCGUAUGCGAAGCUGUUCGCGACACAGCCUGCGACAAGGAGGCUGCCUCUGCUGAAUAGAGGGUCCUAUGUCCGUACUUCUGCCAUUGACCUUCUGGUCGCAAAGUUCCUCACCACACAUCCCUCGUCUUCGAAGCAGAUCGUAUCGCUCGGUGCUGGUACAGAUACGCGCUUCUUCCGCCUCCGCGAUGCCUACCCGGACACGCGAAUAAUCUAUCACGAGAUCGACUUUGCUUCAAACACAGUCCCCAAGAUUGCAAGCAUACAAAGGCACCCGCUCCUGCACCAAAAACUGCCACACGUGCCAUCGAGCUCGUCGUCAUACCACUCAGAGACGUACAACAUCCAUGCGCUCGACCUGCGCUCUCUCGCAGACUCCUCGCAAGAGACGCCGCUGCCCCAGCUGCCAAAUCUAGACCCAAACACACCCACCCUGAUCCUCUCAGAAAUGUGCCUGAUCUACCUCCAGUCCUCCACAGUACAGUCCAUAUUAUCGACCCUCCUGACCAAAUACUUGCAGCCCACGACUCCCGCCUCGCUGAUCCUCUACGAGCCCAUCCUACCCCAAGACGCAUUCGGCAGGACCAUGAUAUCCAACCUGCAGACGCGCAACAUCCACCUCCCUACUCUCACCGCAUAUCCUACACUGGGCGACCAACGUGCACGGCUACAAGGCUACGGGUUCAAGGCAGGCGCAAGGGCCGCAGACACGAACUUUAUAUGGCGAAGAUGGGUCAGCGAGGAGGAGAAGGAGCGAGUUGCGGGGCUGGAGAUGUUGGAUGAGCUUGAGGAGCUCGAGAUGCUGCUGAAGCACUACUGUGUCGCCUGGGGCUGGAGAGACGGCGACGGCGACGUGUUUACGAAGGCUUGGGCUGAUGUUGGAGAGCAAGGUGGAGGGUGAUCGUAUUGGUCCAAGAAAAGUAUCAUCUUAAUAAUAUUUCUUCUAUUCCCAUCACACAAUCAAAGUAUACCAAUCUGC